AAUGUUCAUGCUGGGUAAAACCAAGACCUACAUUCAUCUUAUUCAAUAAACAUCUUAAGCUAUUACAAUACUUUAAAUCGACACUCCAAAUCAAUAGUUGAAAAUUCGUUUACAUAUACAUAUAUAAUGCAGUCCAACGCACAUGAGAUCUCCCAUUAAAAUAAUAAAAAAAUUAUUAAACUGUAUUCUUGGAUUUUAACAUAAGAGUUUGAAACUUUUGAAUUGAUUGGUUAAAUCACUGGAAGGUAUAAGAUGUAGAAUCUCAUGCCACAGUGCAUUAUGUUCAUUAAACCAUGGAUUCUCCCACCUGCACAGUGUAUAUGAGUUAUAUAUUCAAGUUAAGAAUUUCCUUUGAGUUAUAUAUUCAAGUUAAGAAUUUUCCUAACAACAAUCAUCUUUUUUGAGUUAUAAAUUUAAGCUAAGAAUUUCCCUGGGACAAUCAUCUUUUUUGAGUUAGGGGACAUAUUUUCCCCUUUUCCUUUUCAAGAUGCUGCUUUAACCAUAGCCAAGACUGCUCUCUCUCUCUUGCUAUGUCCUGGAUUCCAGAACAAAUGCGUGAAGUAUUUGAGUAAUCAAAGUAUAUAUCCUUGCAAAUAAAACAAAAGUAAGAUUCACACAACUUCAGAUUCCAUUGACAUUCAGUCUGGCCUAUUUAAAUUAGAAGUCCUGCUGUCUGAUAUGUAGCUGAUUCAGGUAAAAUAAUAUUUUCUUUCGCUAUGCCUAGCGUAGAAAUAAACAUAGUUCAAAACUCGAUUCCGAGAGAUCACAUGGAAAAUACAAAGAUAGAUAGCGAGUUAUAUGAGUGUGUGAAGAAGGACAAUAUUGACGAAUUUAAAAGCCGCAUCCAGCAACGUUUAACAGAGAAGCUUGUGACUCCCUGUGGGAACUCAUUACUUCAUGUAGCUGUAAGCUAUGGAAGUGACAAUAUUACAUCUUAUCUGGCUCGAACGUUUCCUUCUCUCAUCACCAUCCAAAACAGCCAGAAGGACACAAUCCUUCAUCUUGCUGCCAGAGAAGGAAAGGCCAGUCAUGCAAUUCGAGACCUUGUCAAUUCGAAUGCUUUCUUGCUGAGGACUACAAAUACAGAAAGAAACACUCCUUUGCAUGUUGCAGUGAUCAAUGGUAACAAAGAAGUUGCCAAAUUCCUCAUUUCCAGAGAUCCAGAAGUGGCCUAUUACAAAAACAAGACUUGCAGGUCUCCUUUAUAUCUGGCUGUUGAAAAUUGCGAUGGCGACAUGAACGGGAUUCUUGAUGAUCUCUUGAAUCAGGAAGCUUCGAUCCCUACAGAAAGAGAAGAUGGAGAUUCACUUCGCAUGCUACGACAAGGAAAGUCCCCUGUUCAUGCUGCCGUCAAGAACCGUAUCAUAGGUAUACUGAAGAAAAUCGAAGAAGCAAAGCCAGAGUUAUUAGGUCUCCAUGACAAAGACUUUGGAAAUCCACUCCAUUAUGCAUCAUCUACAGGCUAUGUGGAAGGAGUUCAAUUCCUAUUACAGAAGUAUCGUGCCGGUGCAGAUGAAACUGACCAAAAGGGCAACUAUCCAAUUCAUCUUGCAUGCAAGGAAGGCUCGGUUGCUUUGUUAAAGGAAUUCCUGAAAGUUAUCCCCUAUGCAAACGAAUUCAUAAAUAAAAAAAAGCAGAACAUUCUUCAUGUAGCGGCCCAAAAUGGACAUGGCUUUUUGAUUAUGUACAUACUCGAACAGGAUCAGAAGAUCGUAAAAGCACUGCUCAAUGCGAUGGAUGAGGAUGGAAAUACACCUUUGCAUUUGGCAACACAGCACGGCCAGCCCACAUCUGUAUUUCUUAUUGUGCGUGACAGCCGCGUUUAUCCUCGUAUUGUUAACGAUGACGGUUUGACACCAUAUGAACUUGGUAGAAAACAAUCCACAAUAGCGGUACAGCGAUAUGAAGGAACAGAUGAAACGUUUGCUAAGAAGCGACAGCACACUGAUUCAAAUAACAGGGUGGAAGGCACAGAGGACAAACCAGCUGAUCAAAACAAGCAAGACACGAAAAAGGCAUCACUAAAAGGUUACGGACUGUCAGAUUUUUAUCGAGCGAUGAUGACAUUAUCGAUCCUACACUCCUAUGCUUGCCCUAGGAAAUCCUUCCGUGACCUUUUCCCUGGUACUCGACCCACGCAACCAAGGAAAAAGGAAACAAAAACAAGGAUAGGGAAUCUUCUUGUGGUAGCAGUGCUUGUUGCUGGUGUGACCUUUGCGGGUGCUAUUCAAUUACCACAAUUAAGGGGUAACUUUAACUCAAGUGAACAUCAUCAUGAAUUUCACAGCAGUAAUAUUACUGCCUCCCACAAGAUCAGUACUACCUCUUACAGUCCUACUGAUUAUGAGGGGCUUCUGUAUGGCUAUUUAUCUUGCAAUGUUUGGGCUUUCUCUUUCUCUCUGGUGGCCUCUCUAAGCCUUCUUAUGGCAAACUUUAGUGAUCCCAAUUAUGAAAUCAUUGCGGUUGGACUUUCAGUCUUCAUGGUUGGUUCGGCUAUUCUCGUGAUGUUCGCGGCAUUCAUUUAUGCUGUGAUUAUAGCAUUACUGGCAUCCCAUGAUGCGUGGUUAAACAACACCAUUACAGUGGAGGCCUUUACGGGUUUCUAUGCUCUGGUUUACAUUUUUAUUCCUUGGAUUCUUCCAAAUCUUCAAGGAAUGCUCUUGCAUUUUUUCUACUACAAGUAUUUUUUGUUUCAUUUCUACACUUACGAGUGGCUGCCUUAUAAAAUUUACAAGAGAAAGCACAAAUAA